AGAAACCCGGAAGUAAAGCGCCGUGUUUUCAAAGCCAGUUAUGCACGUGUUGGAAAUAUGGUCCGAUUCAAGUCGAGGUAUUUGCUUUGCGAGUUUUGCCUCCCUGAGCGGAGCAGACUCCAGCUGCUGGAGGAAAGAACUGUCUACCACACACUCAGAAAAGCCGUGAACCAAGUCCACGGCGACUACGGAGCAGCGAUCUGUAACAUAGGGUUGUCAGUGAAAUACAUGAACGCCCACACUGGAGUGGUCCUGAUACGCUGCAAGAAAAACUACUAUCGACUCAUCUGGUCUGCCCUUCCUUUCAUUACCGCCUUCGAGAAUAGAGGCCAGAGGGUGCAGUGCUUCCUCAGCUGCUUACAUGUUGGAGGAACGAUUAGAUCAUGUCAGAAGUUUCUUGUUAAAUAUAACAAAAAACAGCUCCAUAGAUUGCUGCUAGACUGCAAGACAGAUGCUGAGAAACAAGAGAUUAGGAGAUCGAUCCUGAGCUGUUCCCUAGGUACAGUCAGAGGGGAGGAAGCUGAUGAAGAUGGAAGUGAUGAUGAUGAUGAUGGAGAAGAAGAGACCUAAAACUCCUUCUAAAAAAACAUAGAUGUUAGAUGUGUAGUUCUCAAAGGCAUCAUGUAUCCAUGCAGUGAUCAGGAAGAUAUUUUAUGUCCUUUAUAAAACUGAUAGUAAAGGGUUAAUGUGGAGCCCUAACUAUUAUUAUUAUUAUUAUUAUGUUUUUUUUUUUGUUUAUUUUUUUUUUGAUAACACAAGAAACAUUUAUGUUUUUGUUUUCUGGAGAAUUUUGUAAUUUGUAAAUGGAGUAUAUCAUUCACAUUACUGGUAUUACUGCUAUUAUGAACUCUGGCCAUGUGCCGUGUAUAUAUUUUUUCUGUAUUGAUUAAAAUACACUACCAGUCAAAAGUUUUUGAACAGUAAGAUUUUUUUGGUGUUGUUUUUUUAAGGUCCUCUCUUCUGCUCACCAAGCCUGCAUUUAUUUGAUCCAAAAUACAGCAAAAGCAUUAACAUUGAAAUGUUUUUGUUUUACUAUUUAAAACUGCUUUCUAUUUGAAUAUGUUUUAAAUGUAGUUUAUUCCUAUGAUUAAAGCUAAAUUUUCAGCAUCAUUA